CGUCAGCGUCAGCGCCACCUCUUUCAACCGAUUCCUUCCAAAAGCGAAUACGACAAGGGACAAUGUGGGAAGAUGUCGGAGCUUGGAGGCAGCAACUGUUUUCCGUGUCUCUUGCUCGGUGUCAAUGUCAGUCUUGCCCUUGUUGAAGGAAUUGUUGCUUUCGUUGCGUUGUUUCAGGGGAGGAAAAGGAAAAAGAAAAAAAAGAAAAAGAAAAAGAUAAAAGGACAGUUUCUGACAGGUGAUGUGUUUAAGUGGAUUUGGUUUAUCCACAUCAAAUGACAUAUAAUAUUACAACCUUCGACCUUGGAUAUGAUAUGCCAACAAUGGCUGCUUCUCUCUCCUUUCUACUUCUUCCACUAGGUUCUACUUGUAAAAGUUUGGGCUGCAAUCCUCAAGGCAUUGCUGCUGACAGGCUUCGAUGCUUGGUUCCGCAAUACCAAAGAUCGGCGGUAAAAGCAAAGGCCUCAGAUACAACUGAAUGUGCUGCUAUGGUUAAUAGCAGUUCACGCAGAGACUUUCUUGGAUUGGCUUUGGGAGUCUCAAGCCUCUUUGUUGGUUCAUUGGAAGGCAAAGGAGCUGGUUUGCCCCCAGAAGAUAAGCCGAAACUAUGUGAUGAAGCUUGUGAGAAGGAGCUUGAAAAUGUAUGUGGUUGUGAAAUUGAAAUUUGUCCUCCUAACUGUUGGUUGCUUUGGAGCAGAGGAUUAGCUGGUGCCAGGACAUUGCUUGAUCCUGUGCUAGAGUAUCUGGCUGUGGGCAAGAUACUGACAUUUGAACAUAUCAAUGGUGGUCUCCCAUGUCAUGGAAUGGAGAGGUGGAACAAGAAGCCUGAGAAACCAGCUGAUACUUCACAAUUUCGGAGUCAGUUGGAUGCGUUGGGCCUGCGCAUUGUUGACAUAACAGCACAUGGGUAUCAAAUUAAAUGA